CCAGGCUGCCACGGUUGCUCGCUAGCUUGUCCUGCCUCGGUCCAGCAUGCCCGCCAGGCACGUCGUCGUUCUCGGAGCCGGUGUGGUCGGCCUCUCGACCGCCAUCAGGCUCCUCGAGCAUGGCUACAAGGUCGACGUCGUCGCGCGCGACCUCCCCGACGACCCCAAGUCGAUCGCCUUCACCUCGCCCUGGGCGGGAGCUCAUCAUGUCAGCGUCGCGACGGGCUCGGAUAUGCGCAUGCACGAGUUCGACAAGCACACCUUCGAGGUCAUGUCGACGAUGAUCGAGCAAGGUCACGGAUCUUUGUUCUUCUGCACCCAGACCGAGUUUCGCGAGCAGUCACGACCAACGGGCGAUGCAGGCAAGCUCUCGCAGCUCAGCUUGGUGUCGCGCUACCAUCCAGAUUUCCGCUGGCUCGACGAGCACGAGUUGCCGGCCGGCAUCGCCCACGGCGCCACCUUCAAGGCGAUCCUCAUCGACACGCCGACCUACCUGUCGUCGCUUGUCGCCCGGCUCAAAGAGCUCGGCGGCAGCCUGCACCGGAGCAACUCGCUGUCGAGCCUCGACUCGGUCCUCUCGGUCCACCCGUCCUUCGCUCACGCCGACCUCGUCGUCAACUGCUCGGGCCUCGGCGCUCGUACGCUCGUACCGGACGACAAGGUGUUCCCGACCCGAGGGCAGCUCGUCAUCGUCAAAGCGCCGUGGGUCAAGGAGGGCCGGACCCGACUCGGCGACGGCGUCUACACGUACACGAUCCCGCGCCCCAAGACGGGCCACGUCGUGCUCGGAGGAUGCGCCGAGAAGAACAACUGGGAUCCAAGGCCUCGCUCCGACAUGGCUCGCCAGAUCAAGGAGCGCUGCCUCGCCCUGUGCCCCGAGCUCCUCCCGCCCGACAAGCGCGGCAACGGCACGAGCGACGACUUGGACGUCGUCGAGGACGCGGUCGGGCUGCGGCCGACGCGCGAGGGCGGGAUCCGGCUCGAGCUCGGCGCGCUCGAGGGCGACGGGCGGCGAGUCGCAGUCGUGCACAACUAUGGGCACGGCGGGUACGGUUUCCAGUCGAGCUGGGGGAGCGCAGAGGCGGCGGUCGAGCUGGUCGAGGAGGCGUUGUCGCGACGCGCGGCCAAGCUGUAACGCAACGAGCCCGGCUUUUCGAC